AUGAAUGUGGUUGUAGACCAUACUAGAAAGUGCAGGACUUUCUGCUGGGAUCUCAGAUAUAAUAAAGCUUUGCCUAGCAAAUGCUGGUGUACAGGAAACAUGAACUUCUUCCUAAGUGCACCUGUUCAUGAUGGAUACAAGAUCAUUAAACAUUUUCACAGUUUUCCAGUGUGCUUAAUCGUGGAAGUCACAUCAUAUGUGUUGGUGGGACGGGACCCUGAUGGACUGACUUCAAGUGGAGAAGACGUGAAAGGCUUUGGCAUGAGUCAAACCUCAACCAACAAGAUACACCAGUGUUCCUACUGUGGCUACUCCACUCCCAAGUAUGCUCACUAUGCAGUCCAUUUGCGAACUCAUACAGGAGAGAAGCCUUACGUCUGUCCUUGCUGUCCAUUUCGCUGCACACAGAGCGGCAAUCUCAAAAUUCAUCUUCGAACUCACACUGGAGAGAAACCAUAUUCUUGCCAUUACUGUCCAUUCCGCUGUACCCAGAAAAGCAAUCUCAAGAUACAUCUACGCACCCACAAUGGAGAAAAGCCAAACGGUUACCAGUGUUGUGAUGAAGGAUUAGUAGUGCCUCAUGAACAGCUGAUUUGA